CGUUAGUCAGUGCUGAGAACAUCAACCAAAAAGUUUGUUAAUAUAUAUUGUUAAAUGUUACCAAUAACGAAUUUAAAAUGUGGUGUGGAAAUUCCUGUGUUUCUCAUAUUUUUUUCCAUGUUAUUAGCAGCUCCAAUCAGUUCAAAUUUUUUAAUCUAUCGCACAUGUUAUGUUCUAAUGGGUAAAAACGAAUCGGAUUGUGCUAAACUUGGUGUGAAUACAAGUGAUACCACUACGAUUGCCCUGGAAAAGAAAGUUCAAGAAGUAGCGAAUUACAUUAGUAUGAUCAUGGAGAUAUUCUCAAUGAUAGUUCCUUGUAUUGUUUGUUUAUUUAUUGGACCGUAUUCUGACAAAAAAGGACGUAGAAACAUUUUAAUUUUAUCAAUUGCAGGAAUGGUUGCUACUUCAAUUAUUCGAGUGAUUGUCGCAAUGUUGCCAAAUUUAAGUCCAUGGUUCCUGGCGUUACAAAUCAUACCGAGUAUAAUGUCCGGUGGGAUGCCUACAUUCAUUACGAUUGCUUUUUGUUAUCUUGUAGAUGAUACUAAAUUAGAUAAUCGAAGCAUGAGAAUUGGAUUUUUAGAAGGUGCUCUAGGUUUAGGCAUGCUCUCAGGAUUAUUUCUCAGCUCACAUGUAUUCAAAUGGAUUGGAUACAUCGGUUCAUUUAUUCUCUGUUCGGUUUUACAAACAAUCGCAUUAUUAUACACCAUUUUAUUUGUGGCUGAAGCAAUACAAAUCAAUAGAAACGCUGAAGCGAAAUUCUUCACUUUUGAACAUAUCAAAGAAAUGUGGCAUGUAACAUUCAAACCACGAGAAGGCUACAACCGAACCGUUUUAUUAGGAUGCUUGGGUGCUGUGGUAAUCCAUGUGUUUGCCAUAGCAUUCACUGCAACCGAAUCGCUGUUGUUGCGUUCGAAAUUUCACUGGGAUUUGCAAAUGCUCACGGAUUUCGCCAGCAUUCAAUCAAUUUUCGGGAUUAUGGGCAUGUGCAUUUGCAUCUACGUUCUUCACAAACUGCUGAAGAUCUCCGAAAGUGUUUUGAUUGCUGUGGGUCUAUGCGCAAAUGCAAUCGGUGCUUCAAUUAUGGCAUUUGCACAAUAUGAUUGGCAAGUUUACACAGCUGCUGGUAUAAGAAUACCUGCCGGAUUAAUAUCCCCAAUGAUACGUUCACUAACAUCAAACAUCAUCCCACAGGAAGAAACAGGAAAAAUAUUCGCGUUUUGUAUAUCGAUCGAAUCAUUCUGCUCCCUGUUCGCUGGACCUUUGUCGACGAUUAUUUACACGGAAACUAUUGAUGUGUUUCCGGGCGCUUUUGAUUUAAUUCCGGUUAUGAUCUAUAUUGGACUUGCUUUGUUUUUUGUGUAUGUUUAUACACUGACGAAGAAACCAAACGCUGUUAUUUAUUUAGAGGAAGAAGAUAAAACAGAUAAAUCUGUAAAUAUUGAUGCCAGUGAAAUAACCAAAAUAUGAGUGUUCAAUUUCCAUUCGUUUUUCGUUUUUGUGAAGAUUAUUUUAAUGCAGUUUUCGUGCACUGACGUUUUAUGCGUUUUCCAAACGUGGGAAAAUUCAGGUGCUGCAGCAACAUAAAAGUUUCUAAUAUUACAAGCUUCCACCAUAAAGCUGGUUCUAAAAAUAGUUUUAUGACUUAAAAAUGAAAGAAAAUAAAAAACAUAAAAGCAGCAAAACAUA